CCAGGCGUUGAUUGGCUGCCUAGAGGCGGGGUGAUUCGGCCGCCUGAGAGGUAGCCGCAGCGAUGAGGAGAGCCAUGGGUCAGGCGGCCAAGGUUUUACAGCUCUUUAAAACAUUGCACAGGACCAGACAACAAGUUUUCAAAAAUGAUACCAGGGCAUUAGAAGCAGCCAGAAUAAGGAUAAAUGAAGAAUUCAAAAGUAAUAAAAAUGAAACUUCUCCUAAGAAAAUAGAAGAGCUAAUAAAAAUAGGUUCCGAUGUUGAAUUGUUACUCAGAACUUCUGUUGUACAAGGUAUUCACACAGACCACAAUACACUGAAAUUAGUCCCUAGGAAAGACCUUCUUAUAGAAAAUGUGCCAUAUUGUGAUGCACCAACUCAGAAGCAAUGAAUGUUCUAGGAUAAGACAAAUCUUUGUACUUUUAACUUUAAAAAAUAUAACUCUGAUGAAAGUCCUGGAAUUGCAGACAUUUUUCUCUGAACUGACAUACUGAAAAUGAAUGAAUUAAAGAAUAGCUUCAUAUUUAAAUUUCAUGUUAAAAGAAUAUUGCUGAAACUGCAGAACAUAGCUAAGUAUUUCUAAAGGAAAUUAGAUAAGAAGACAGUUCAUUUUUAUUUAAAAUCAAAUUUUAUAAAGUAAAAUAAAUGUUUGGGGAGAUAUAUUCACUUCUCUUUGACCUUGAUGAGUAUUUGUUCUUAAAUAGCUAUUUAAAACUGUUGUGUCUUACUUGACAAAUUGGUAAGUUUUCCUCGAACGUGAAAUGCAAUUAUUAGAUUUGAAUUAUUAAAUUAAGGAUAUUUAGUCCCCAAAAAUAUUAAAUUGGUCA